AUGGAAGAUGUGAAUUACUUGGAGUCUCGUAACGAGACACCUGUUUUCAACGGUAUAGGUUCAAUUACACAGACAUGCAGCGGAGAGAAAGUUUUACUUACUAAAACGUUCACGAAUCAAAGUUCAGUGGAAAGAAAAAUUCCGGAAUAUAAGUGUGAGAAUUGCAAGAAAACGUUCUCUUCAGAACGUGAAUUUUUCACACACCAAGAAAUACACAAUAAGAAGAAACCUCACACAGGAGAGAAGCCAUAUCAUUGUGGAGUUUGUGGAAAAUCUUUUGUUGAUAGUAGUAAUUUAACAAGACAUAAACGAAUACACACAGGAGAAAACCCAUUUCAUUGCGAAAUAUGUGGUAAGUCUUUCAUUGAAAAUUCCAAGCUUACAAUUCACAUACGUAGACAUACAGGAGAACAGCCCUAUCACUGUGAACUGUGUGGGAAGACUUUUGUGAAUAGUAGUGAUUUAAAAAGUCAUGAGCGAGUUCACACUGGAGAAAAACCUUAUCACUGUGAGAUAUGCGGCAAGUCGUUCUAUGUGAAUUCACAACUUACAAUACACGUACUGAUGCACUCUGGUGAGAAACCUUACUGUUGUGAGGUAUGUGGAAAAGCCUUUCUCACCAAUGGCCACUUGAAUACGCACAAAAAAAUACACACCGGAGUGAAGCCGUAUCCUUGUGAAAUAUGUGGGAAAGCUUUCCUUAAAAAUCAUGAUUUAAAACGCCACACGCAAAUACAUACGGGAGAAAAGCCAUAUCGCUGUGAUAUAUGUGGCAAUGCAUUCUGUAAAAAUUCAACUCUCGUCGUCCACAAGCAGAUACAUACAGGAGAAAAGUCUUAUCUUUGUGAGAUGUGUGGCAAAUCCUUCAAUCGGAAUUCUGAUCUUGUAAGUCACAAACGUAGACACACCGGGGAAAAACCCUGUCCUUGUGAAGUUUGUGGGAAAUCCUUUGUCAAUAAUAGCGAUUUAAACAGACACAAACUGAUUCACACUGGAGAGAAGCCCUAUCACUGUGACAUCUGUGAGAAAUCAUUUAUCACAAGCACUCUUUUAAAAAGACAUGAACGAAUACAUUCUGGAGGGAAGCCCUUAAACUGA